UUGAAGAAAAAUCGCCAGGUUUGAAGUGGUGUCUUCAUGUUUUUAGUAGCAAAAGCUGUCGGGGUUCGAACCGCCAACAAUGGCGCCUGUGAGAAGCACCGGCGCUGUUGUGGCUGUAGUCUCAGUGUCUAUGGCGUUGCUCUCUCUUUUUCUCUACAAGUCCAAGCCGUCCUCCAAAAAGACCGAACUAUCCCUGCGCUCGAAGGAAAAUCACAGAGAUGGCCUCGUUGGUGCCAUUGGCAACACCCCUCUGAUCCGCAUCAACAGCCUCUCGGACGCCACCGGCUGUGAAAUACUUGGAAAGUGCGAGUUUUUGAACCCAGGUGGGAGCGUGAAAGACAGAGUUGCUGUCAAGAUUAUUGAAGAGGCUUUGGAAUCUGGAGGCCUCGCUCCAGGUGGAGUGGUCACCAAGGGGAGUGCUGGAAGCACGGCUAUUAGCCUUGCCACGGUUGCUCCUGCGUAUGGUUGCAAAUGUCACGUGGUUAUACCUGAUGACGCUGCUAUCGAGAAGUCUCAAAUACUUGAAGCCCUCGGGGCGACUGUUGAAAGGGUAAGGCCAGUGUCAAUGACGCUCAGGGAACACUUUGUAAAUAUUGCUAGGAGGCGGGCUACGGAAGCAAAUGAAAAAUCUGUAAUCAUAUACCAAAUAGUUUCUUAUGAAGAACAACGGGCUCUUUUUGGGGAGUUCUUCAGCCAUGAAUUGUGUUGGAGCAGUCCGAGCAGCACAGUCGCUUGGUCCCGGUCACACAAUUGUGACCAUUUUAUGCGAUAGCGGGAUGAGACAUCUGAGCAAAUUUUGCAGCGCUGAGUAUCUGUCUCAGUACGGUUUGAGACCCUCGGCUAGUGGAUUAGAGUUCCUGGGUGUUGCAUGAGGAUCUGCAUCUGCCAAGGGCAUCCAUGUUUCUCUCUGCAGUUCCAUCCAAAGGGCAGUAGCUUAAGUAGUUUUUCAUUCGGUUGCAGUCUUCGUGAAGUUUUUAGACAGUAUUUCUGAAUACUUUAGCAAUCGCACUCAAUAGAUUACAUUAAUUUCUACAGGCAAAGUGUUUGCAUCUCUUAGAAUGAGUUCAUUCGAGAAGCGAUUAUUCAUCUUACGUUGUUGAUUUUGGGGGCAUUGAGUUCUGUAUUGAAAUGAAUGUUAUGGCUCUACAAUUUCGUAAGUUAAUACAUCGCUAAUCACUUGUUUAAACAA